AUGUCGAUAAUUACUUUCGUUCCGGUUUUGUUUUUGGCAUUUCUCCCAAUAGUUGCAAGCGACUCGGGGGAUGAUUUCACCAACAACCUAUUCUCAGACCUUGGGCCUUUAUUGGCCCUCUUUGGGGAACGGUCGGCCCAGCAGUUUAUGAGCCAGGCGAUGGGAGUGGUGGAUUGCAUAAUUUUUGCUAUGGCACCAUUAGGUCUCAUAACUGCUGCUGUGGGUGUCAUCCGAAUCGGCGGGGCUGGGUGGUUGAAAGCAUGUAUUGGGCGUGCCAGAGAGGCGUAUGCUGUUCCAGAGCUGGAACUGCUGUCAUCAACAUCCUCCGAAGUCUGCGAAUUGUGGAAUGGAUUGACCCUUGUAAGAGUUCUUGGCUCGCCUAAGAUAGCUGAGUUGGUUUACUUUCCGAAAUCCGAUGGUGAAGGUACUGGCCCCGCCGGAAGUCCUGAAAGACACUGUGGAAUUGACGCAACAAGCCGAGAGGGCUGUUGGUCUCGGAAAUCUACCCUAUCGGGGGACUUGUUUGGGUUUUUGACCUGCCGAAACCCAUACCUUUUUCGGCUAAAGGAUCAUUUCUUUUCAAAGGAUUCGCAGCAGGAUCAAGUGGAUGUGGAGAACCCUACAGGCGCAUACGCGUACGACAUCAAACAGCAACCAUUUCUUGACGAUGUGAAGAAGGGUUCAGCUGCCAAGAAAAGCGCACCAAACAUAUCCUUGAACAUCACGAAACCCGCUAGUCAGAAGAAAUUAUGGAGUGUAGCUUGGUUCGGAACCGCGCUACAGUUGGCAGUGCUUGUAUUUGACGCCUCGAUAACCUACAAUCCGAAUUUGAAGGGGAGUUUUAAGAAAAAUGGCUUACCAGUAGUCGAAUACGCAUUUCCCUUGACAGCUAUCGGAACUGUGCUAGUUGUUCUGGGCAUGUUUGUUAGUGCCUAUGUGAUUGAGGAUGCAACCAAAGAAGAGGAAUUGGAGCAUUUGAGAAACGGCAGAGGCGUCGAAAUGCGAGUUAUGUGGUUACAAAAGUACGAAAAUGUUGGGGACCAGAACUUCGACUCAUACGCCAUCUUUGCCCGUGAGAAGCGCACAUCAAUCCGCACUUCUCGUCGGCGGGAGCCUCUGUUCAUGCGCUCAAGUAAAUCAGCGGCACUCCCUCAAUCCUCACAAUCCUCAGCUCCUGCUCGAGUUAGCUUGAGAGAAUCGAGCCACCCAGAGACUGGUGAUUUUCUUACCAGACUCACUACAUUUGCCACAAUUGUGACUCUUGUCGGCUUUAUUGCGCAAUUUCUGGGCCUACGAGCUAUGUCUUGGACAGCAACGAUUGCACAGUUGAUUGCAACUGUGAUAAUGACUGGCCUAAGAUCUUGGUUAACAACUGCUGGUUUGUCGCAGGAGCCAGAUACAUGCAAAUUACCCAAAGAGUAUGAACUUGAUUGGUUAGCAACACGUAUAGGUGACCUUAGAGAUGACGGCCUGUACGAAAAUCUAUCGGAGAAGACAAUGGAAGUUGGGUUUUGGAGUCCGUGUUCGUGGAAAUGGCGUGUAGUAACUGAGCGGCACCGGACUGCUGAAUCGUGGUCAAAAUUGCCGUUAGGUGGGAGAGCGAGUCAGGUUGUAGAGGCAAGGAAACGGCUCCAAGAUUUGACUGGGUGGACUAGAGAGGGGAGUAUGGCGAUUGCCACCGCAACUGCCAUUGAGGAGUUCAUGAAUAAUAUCUUCAGCUCAGAUUAUGCAACUUUGGAAGCCGGCUUCACUGAGCGACUUAAGUUCGAAUGGCCAGUUUUCAUCGAGUUUGAUGGUGUACAAGAAGCAUACUACCUACGAUUAUCACGAGAUUCAACUAAGAACAAGUGGAAGGCGGACACUAAUUCGAUCGAGGCUAUCCUUUCCUUAUGGACAUACUCACUGCAAGAAAAGGAAGAAGAAGAAGAAGGAAAGAAGGGGGGUGCUAAAGGUUUAUGUCCAGGGGGGGUAUUCACCGAGAAGGAAAGUUUGGAGGAAGUGGAAGAAGCGGAUAAACAGGAGGAGUCUGCGGGGAAUAAAUUAAGGUUUUUGGGACCGGGCGAUAUAGUAUCUCAAAUGUGUUAUAGGUUGUGGAUCUACAGAGGAACAGACUUCCGGAUAUUUCGGCGCCGAAAUGCAAACUCUAAAUACCAGACCACCGGUUUUCCGAUCAACCCUUCUCUAUCUAUAAAACGUAAAGCUACGGACAAAGAACUCGACGCGACUCUUUCUGUGCUUACCUCCCUCUCAGUGGAAGCGGUGUGCGCUCAAGACAUGUUCUCAAGCUUCAUGUGGUACAUUGCGGACUACAUAAGGGCCGUGACUCCCAAGACCACACUCGCAAAAAACUCUGUUGGGUUAAAUCAGGAGACAUGGCAGCCUCCCUCCCUCAGAAAUUCGUUCCUCGAGAACAUUCUCAGAAGUGUAGAAUCGACCGGCUUGGGUACGACCGAGGAAAUGUGUAUGUGCAUUAUACCGCAAUUACAUUCAUCUGGGAUACUUCACGAUAUGGAUCUCAGUUCGCAGGAGCUCAUGAGUUAUGUUGACGAGAGAUCCGACGUAUUUGAGUCUCAAGAGGAUUGGGAAGAAGCCGGAAAAGCAUAUGAAUGGCUCUACGAUACUUGUCUUGGUUAUGUGGAGAACGAGCCUUCUGCUUUCUGUCGAGCCGCUAUUCUGCUGGCUCACUUCUCGGCAAGUAUUAACGAUGCUGCUGGGAGCUGUGGAAGCUACAAUAUGUGUCCAGAAGUAAGGGAUCAGAAAGAAAUCAAUUUGUUGAUGAUAUCGUCACAAGCAUUAAAAAAGCUACGAUCCGGGCCACGAGGCGAAGAAAUCUAUCGGGUUCUAAAAAACGCAUAUCAAGCGGCAGGUGACAUUCAGAGACUCCCUGAGAUCACAGAUGAUUUAAAAACGAAAGAUUCAAUAUCUUUGAACACCCUUGUUGUGUUUGGUGAUUCCACGACCUGUGAACAGCCUCUCGAGGACAUCGUACGAGAUUUGUUAUUCAUUGGCCCCAAUGAUCAAAACUUUUUGUGCUGGACAGAAUUACAUCUUGCUGGCACAGGAACAAGCCAAUAUGAUCUCAGCAGACUAUCAAGUACCGAAGCUUCGAAAUUAAACGCGCGUGACAGAGAUGGAAGAACACCUCUACACUGGGCUGUUCUGAAAGGAAAGGUGGAAACUGUUAAGGCACUUCUGGAAGCUGGAUGUGAUGGGAAUAUCAAAGACAAGAUGGAAACGACACCUCUUCACAUUGCCAUCAUGCUAGGGAAGAAAGAUGUUGUCAUGUGCCUCCUCACCAACAUAACAAAUCUGGAAACAAGGAACUCAAAGGGUUGGACUUCCUUACAUUUGGCCGCCUCCGCAGGACUCAACGAUAUAACUGAGUUAUUACUGAAGAGCGGCGCGAAAAUCGAAGCGAGAGAUAGCAAGCAAAGGACACCACUUCACCUUGCUGCGUUAGCUGGGAAAGGGCACAUUAUCACGACUCUCCUAAAACACAACGCAGACAGCGCCGCUGGAGAUUUGAACGGUUCAACAGCGCUCCAUCUGGCAGCGGAAGGUGGAUUUGAGUUUGAAGCUGUCACACUCCUGGAGAAAAAUGCCAAUAUCGAAGCCCAAGAUGUGAUGAAAAGAACGCCUCUUCAUGUGGCGGUAAUAGCAAGACAAGCUCACAUCAUCGGUAUCCUCCUAAAGGGUGGGGCAAACAUUGAGUCAAAGGAUAUUCAGGAAGCAACAGCACUUCAUCUUGCCGCUCAAGAGGGACUCAAAAAGGAGGUCGAAGUUCUCAUCGACAAUGGCGCAAAUAUCGAGGCCAAGGAUAUCGCCGGUGAAACGCCUUUAGUAAGAGCAUUUGCAGGAAAGAAGAAAGAUGUUAUUAGGGUGUUGCUAAGAGGUGGUGCAAAUGUGAAUACGACCUCUACGGAGGGUGAUUCUAUGCUACAGGUGGCGGCAUACGCGGGCAAUUUAGAGAUUGCGAGAUUAUUACUAGAUCAUGGCGCAGAUAGAAACUUACAGCCACGGCAUAAUCUUGGAGAAGGGUACAGAAAGGUUGUGGAUAUGUGUGGAUCAUGA